AUGCCUUCUGGGCGGCGCGCGUCGCUGGUGCCGGACGUGCACGCCCGGGAGGCCGGGUGGCGGGGGGCGCGCUGGAUGAGCGACUACAAGUACAGAAAGGUGGCCACCCUCGACUUCAGCAAUCAUAAGGUCAUUGAGACGGAGGGCCAGGGGCAGGGCGUGACCUGGUUGGACGUGGACCCCGUCGAGCAGCGCUACCUCCUGGCGGGGCACGCCAACGGCGCCGUGGCCCUCUAUGACGUGCAGGUUCCGUCAAAGGUGGACGCAAACACGCGCAUACAUUGCGCGCAGUCCGGCGUCGAUCGGCGGACGCCGGGAGGCCACCAGUACCUCGUUUCUGGGGUGACCUGGUAUCCGAUCGACACGGGGCUCUUCGUGAGUGGCUCUUUCGACGCGCAAGUGAACCUGUGGGACACCAAUAGGAUGGAACUCGCCUGCCAGUUCGAGAUGGGCUCCAGAGUCUACGGCGUGGCCAUGUCCCCAGUUGCCUCCACGCACUGCCUUGUGGCUGUGGGGACCGAAGGCCCACACGUUAAGCUGUGCGACCCAGGCUGUGGUGCCUGUACACACACCCUGACAGGCCACAGGGACAGUGUCUGGGCAUUGCACUGGUCCCUUCGCAACGAAUACCAACUUGUCACAGGGGGAGUUGAUGGAGAGUUGAGGCUAUGGGACACACGGCGAUCGGGGUGCCUAAGCAUGUUUGACCAGCACUACACCCAGAGGAGUAGGCAGCAGAUGCCAUCAGGCAUGGCCUGGCUCCCAGGCUCAAGCAUCACCAACCAGACGGCCACUAACGUGACUGCACAUGACGGCGCCAUCACUGGGGUGGUGCCCACCCCAAAUGGGCUGCAUUGGCUUUCAGCUGCCACUGACUCCAGGAUGAGGAUCUGGGACGCCAUGUACUUCACAAACGAGCUGGUCAACUACCCUGGAAGCUACAACCGUUCCAUGAAGGCUCGUCAGUUGGCCGUUUCUGACACCGACCUGGUGUUUCAUCCAUCUGGGAGCGUUGUACAGGUCUUCGAUGUAGCGACAGGAGACUUGCAAAAGCUACUCCGAGGCCACAUGGACACCAUAAAUUGCUGCACAUACAACACCAACACACAGGAAUUGUAUUCUGGUGGCAAUGAUGGUAGUACCAUAGUUUGGGGGCUGCUGGAAGCAGACGGUAACAUAGACAGUGCUGGAGAUGGUGAUCAAUGGAGUGAUGAGGAUUGA